AUGGCGAAGAAAGUAUCCGGCGAAAGAACAAAGACGAUCAUCGGUUCUUCUUCCUUUAUGAUCUCUGGAUUAUCACUUCACGGCCACCCAAAUCGCAAUCUUCCCACGCUCUCCUUCCUCGAUUCUGUUGGAGGAGAUUAUCCGUUUAGGAUUAAAAACUCUUGCAAUGGCUUACUGUUGUGUGAGAAGGAUGGAUUUGUUGUUGGUAAUCAUUAUACAAAAAGUUACAUUGUUUGUAAUCCGACCACCCAGAAAUUCACUCUACUUCCUCAACUUGAUCGUCGUUCAUAUCAACCAUCGGGGCUAUACUUGGCUUUUGAUCCUUCAAAAUCACCUCACUACAAAGUUGUUUUGCAUAAUUGUUUGCAUUAUUGUUAUCGGUUGGGUAAUCAUUUAGAUAUAUACUCUUCGGAAAGUGCGUCUUGGAAACAGAUUGAUGUCAGUGAACCACUAGGUGUUGAAGGGGUUUUUUGGAAUGGAGCAAUCCAUUGGCUGAGUGAUGGGGUGGAUUUCACAGUAGGUUUGAGGUUGAUGCAGAGAAGCUGA